UCCUCAUCAACCUAUUUAAGCCAAAUCCCCCAAACCCCCAAUGCUCCAAAAUCAAAUCAUUCGAUUUUCCCUUUUUCUGGCCACAAAAUCAUUUCCUCCACGCCAAAUGUUCGCUUCGCCACGGCAGUGGUAGCAGUGCAGCCAUUUGUCUUUUCUUCUAUGGUUCAUGGCCGGCACGUGCCACUCCAUUAGACCUCAUGUGAUUGGAUCCACCGGAAAGCUACCCUCAUCCACGACUUCCCGGACAAAGCCUCCGUUCUCGGUUCGGGUCUCGGGUUUCUCUGCCAAGAGCCAGGGGUUACCCACCGCCAAGGAUGAAGCUCCGUCUUGCAUAUUCGUUGGCCCUAUCGAAACCGCUAGUCAAGAAACCUUAGAAGCCCUCUAUCGCCAAGCACGGGAUUCUUAUUACAGUGGGGAGCCUUUGAUAGUUGAUGACAUGUUUGAUAGAGUAGAGUUAAAGCUACGUUGGUAUGGUUCAAAAUCCGUUGUUAAGUACCCUCGUUGCAGUAUCAGGCGACAUUCGACUUAUGCAGAUGCAGAGGAAGAUAUAUCUCAAGUGUUGGCGUUAGCAAGCAUAUGGAUCCUGAUUCUUGCAGUUGGCUCUACAUUUUGUCUUGUGCCUCUCAUUUACACCAUUAGUCUAGCGUAUCGAGAUCCAUUCAGUUCGGAUUUUUCCUAUGGAAGUCAAGCAUCGAACUUUGAGUAUCUUGCCACUGUUAAUGGCAUUCUCUUUGUGGCCAUUGGGUCAGUGAUUGGCUAUUCGCUUGCAUCAGCUGCUGUUCGGGUGCUUCAAAGACUAUGGAGGAAGGACUUGGUAGCACUGAAGGGGGCAUGCCCAAAUUGUGGGGAGGAGGUAUUUGCAUUUCUCAAAUCAGAUAAAUUCAGUGACUCUCCCCAUAGAGCAGAUUGUCAUGUCUGUGAAUGCACUCUAGAAUUUCGUGCCAAGGCUGAGCAAUCUGUUUCGAGAGUAGGGAGAAGAUGGGUAUAUGGCCGAGUAUACCUUGUCUCAAGAAGAGGCAGAAAUCGGAGGUGGAUGUGAGCCGUCUACAAACCGUACGCGAGUCAUCACAACUGUUAAUAGCAGCAUGAUUCUUUCCUCUUUGAUUUUCACUCUCUUUUUGAGGGACAAAAUAAAAGGAUCUCGGUAGAAGUUUUUGUUACAACAGAAUAGACUGCAGGACUUCUUAUACUGUAGAAUUAACUGAUGGGACUCUUGAAAUUAAAUGUGAAGCAGACUUUAGUAUCUUCCUUUGAAAAAGUUAAUUAGUUA